AUGGCGGAUACCAAAGACACUGCUGAAAAUGCUGCUAAAAAAGCAUCAUUCUUUCAUGAUGAAGAUGAAGCUGAUGUUAACCCCAACUCCGCCGUUGAGGAUAUAACCUAUGAAAGUAAUGGCCUCAAGGGAAUUGUCAACUCGCCGUAUGUCUGCGGUGCAGCUCUUCUAGCAUCAUUCGGAGGGCUAUCCUUUGGCUAUGAUCAAGGAGUAAUAUCGUUGAUUCUAGUGAUGCCUCAAUUCAUCGAUCAAUUUCCUGAGGUCGACCCUGCUGCUCCAAAAUACGGUUUUCACACUGGGUUCCUCACGGGAAUGCUCGAACUCGGUGCUUUCGUGGGGUGUCUCUUUUUUCCAUACAUCGCGGAUCGCAUCUCGCGCAAAUGGGGUAUCAGCGUUGCAACUGUAUUCUUCUGCGUCGGUGCCAUUAUACAAACAGCGGCCAAUGAGUACGAUACACUCGUGGCUGGAAGAUUUAUUGGUGGAAUCGGUGUCGGCACUUUGGCAAUGGGUGCACCAUUAUACAUCUCGGAGAUCGCACCUCCAAAUCUGCGAGGCUCCUUGAUGGUGCUCGAGGCCAUAAGCAUCGUGGUGGGAGCUGUUGUUGCAUACUGGAUUACAUAUGGCACAAGAGCGGUUAGCGGGGACUGGGCUUUCCGUUUACCCUUUCUUCUUCAAAUGAUUCCGGCCCUGGUCGUCGGCUUUGGGAUUCAUUUGUUUCCAUUUUCUCCUCGAUGGCUUGCUCUUCGUGACCGAAAAGAAGACAGUUUGGCAUCAUUGGCUAAAUUACGACGACUUCCGCCUUCAGAUGAGACUGUUCUGUUAGAAUGGAGGGGAAUUCUUACUGAAGUUCGAUUUCAGAAAGAGAUCAUGCACAACCAAUACCCCAAUACCGGGCCCGCUAUGCUGGAAAUCAAGGGAUGGAUCGAUCUUUUCCGUCCUCGGUAUCUCCGCAGAACAGCCGUUGCUAUUGCUAUUCCCUUUUUCCAACAGUUUUCGGGGAUCAACGCCUUCGUAUACUACGCACCGACGUUUUUGUCAAGACUUGGUCAGAGUUACGAUACAGCCUUAAUCCUUUCCGGCUUAGUGAACGUUGUUCAACUUGUGGCUAGCAUUCCUACGCUUAUUUUUCUGGACAAGAUUGGCAGGCGGAAGCUUGCUAUCUUUGGUGGAGUUGCAAUGGCUAUUCCGCAUCUCAUAAUGGCAGGCAUAUAUGAAAGAUUCAGCGAUAGCUGGACUUCUCAUAAAGGUGUCGGUUGGUUUGGUGUGGCCCUCAUCUAUAUCUAUGUCGCAUGCUACGCUGCUUCAUACGGCCCCCUUGCAUGGGUACUUCCCGCUGAAGUAUUUCCCAGCUCCAGGCGAGCAAAGGGCGUGGGUCUUGCAACUGCCACCAUUUGGUUGGCUAACUUUAUCAUAGGUGUUGUGGUUCCCCAGAUGCUCGUCUCGCUGGGAUGGGGGACCUUCUUAUUUUUCGGACUGUUUUGUGUUGCUGCUGCGAUUUUUGCCUUCUUGUUCGUCCCGGAAACCGCAAACAAGUCGCUUGAACAAGUUGCUGGUGUGUUUGGAGAUGUUCUCAAUGAUAGCGAAGAUGAGAUUCAGGCACGAAUUGAGCGCGAGGUAUGGGCUGAAACCCAUCCACAGGUUUGA